AUGAGGAAACCUUGCUGUGAGAAGAAAAAGACGAACAAAGGAGCAUGGUCCAAGCCAGAAGAUGAGAAGCUUACUCAGUAUAUUCAAAAACACGGCGAGGGUAGCUGGCGCUCCAUACCACAGGCUGCAGGCUUGCAUCGGUGUGGAAAGAGUUGCAGACUCAGAUGGGUAAAUUAUCUAAGGCCAGACUUGAAACGUGGCAGCUUUGGUGAGGAUGAAGAGGACCUCAUCAUCAAGCUCCAUGCACUUCUUGGAAACAGGUGGUCAUUAAUUGCUGGAAGAUUGCCCGGACGGACUGACAAUGAAGUGAAGAAUUACUGGAACACUCAUCUAAAGAGAAAACUAAUACAGAUGGGAGUUGACCCAAAUAACCAUCGAAUAGGGCACAAUUUUGGCCAUACUAAAUCAUUUGGCUCCAGGAUUAAUACAAAUGAUCAGCCAAGUGAAAAUUCUCACUCUGAUGAUCCAUUGUUAGAUUCUACAAGUGAACCCGAAAGCAACACAAGCUGCAGUGCUUUGCCCGACCUCAAUCUUGAUCUCACAAUAGGCCUUCCAAUUUCAUUCGGAUAUUGA